GCCGCAGCGCGUCGCGGGGCUGAAACCGGUAACCGAGCAGCACGUUGUGGAGAAGCUUCGGAGCAGAUCGGUGAAAUCACGCGUUUCUGAAUCCAACACUUUUUAUUUUUUGAUCAUCGACUCAUCGACAUUACCAGUUGACCAAAGAAAUGGUGAUGGAGAAGCCAAGUGCCCAGCUGGUCGGGCGAGAGUUUGUCCGACAGUAUUACACACUGCUGAACCAGGCCCCUGACUACCUGCACAGGUUUUAUGGAAAGAACUCCUCCUACGUGCACGGCGGCCUGGACGGCAAUGGCAAACCAGCCGAGGCUGUUUAUGGACAAUCUGAGAUCCAUAAGAGGGUCAUGGCUCUGAGCUUCCGGGAUUGUCACACAAAGAUCCGGCACGUGGACGCGCACGCCACCCUGAACGAGGGCGUGGUGGUGCAGGUGAUGGGCGAGCUGUCCAACAACAUGCAGCCCAUGAGGAAGUUCAUGCAGACCUUUGUGCUGGCGCCUGAGGGAACCGUUCCAAACAAAUUCUACGUCCACAACGACGUGUUCCGGUACCAAGACGAGGUGUUCGGUGACUCUGACUCUGAGCCUCCAGAAGAGUCUGAGGAUGAGGUGGAGGAGCUCGAGGAGAGGAUCCCAUCCCCCGACGUCGCUGCGGAGGAGUCGACUACCUUCUACGACCAGACCCCUUGUUCGGAGCCGGCGGCUCCUGGCGACGACGAGGAAGUGGUGGCAGCGAGUCCUGAGCCCGAGCCAGAGGUGGAGAAGGAGGCCGAGGCUGCAGUGGUGGAGCUGAAGUCGGAGCCGACGCCGGAGACACAGACAGACGCACUUAAGAUUGAAGACCAGACAGACAGUAGCCCCGCCGCCGCCCCACCGACCCUAGAACCCGUCACCAUGCCCGCCGAACCCGCGCCUGCUGCCCCAGAAGAAAACCGGCCAUUCUCUUGGGCGUCCGUCACCAGUAAGAACCUCCCUCCCAGUGGGGCCAUCCCAGUCACAGGAAUCAACCCACAUGUUAUCAAAGCCACCCCCGCAGCACCGCCCCGAGCAGAAGUGAAGUCAGAGACUCAGACAGCAGCACAGAGACCACAGAGAGACCAGAGGCCGAGGGAACAGAGGCCUGGAGGCCCGCCGCCGGUGCACAGAGGACCCAGACCAGUGCGAGAAGGUGAGCAGGGCGAGACGGAGGGCCGCAGGGUCGUCCGGUACCCGGACGCCCACCAGCUGUUCGUGGGAAACGUCCCUCAUGACGUGGACAAGAGCGAACUCAAGGAGUUCUUUGAACAAUACGGUACCGUCCUGGAGCUGAGGAUCAACAGCGGAGGGAAGUUGCCGAACUUUGGCUUCGUGGUGUUCGACGACUCUGAACCUGUUCAGAAGAUCCUCAGCAGCAGGCCCAUCAAGUUCAGAGGCGACGUCCGCCUGAACGUGGAGGAGAAGAAGACCCGUUCAGCCAGGGAGGGCGACAGGAGGGACGUGAGGCCCCGUGGCCCCGGAGGUCCCGGUGGCCCCAGAGAGAGGAUAGGAGGUGGAGGAGGUCCCCGAGGCCCCCCCACCCGAGGAGGCAUGGCACAGAAACCCAGCUUCGGCGCCGGACGCGGCGCUGGGCCCAGCGAUGGCCGCUACCCCGCCCAGCGUCAGUGAGACGCCCGGGCUCCAAACCUGAGUUAGUUUCUGUUUGGAUUCAUUAACUUGAGUGGUCACUGAUUACUAUUAUUUUAUUUUUUACUGCAGCAGGAAUGAAUUGGACAAACCCCAAAUUAAUCAAAAACCCUUCGUUGCUUUGGAGCUAGGAGCAGAAAUUUGUAGGAUUUGUUCAUUUCAAGUGGGAGUUUGGGUCGAUUCCCAUUCGUCGCCCUCACUCACUUGUCUGCCGCUCGUUCUUCCUCCGAAACGCGACAGUAAACGACUGUUUCGAAGGGAUUUCUGGUCGAGAGCUUUCACUGUCGUGUCAAGCCGCCUCCUGCUGACUUCAGCCGCCGGCCACAACAGGGCUGCCUCCUCCUCCUCCUCCUCUUCCUCCUCACCUGACUCUUCUUUCUCACCUGCUGCUUUUCGUUGCCCUCCGAGGAAUCCAGAACGUCACUCAUCCGCUCGCCCAGUCUCUCCCUCCUCUCCAUCACCACAUGUAUUAUCUGGACUUGUCAUGUUUUUUGUUUUUUCAUGCUGAACUUGAAUUUAUUACGAAACAAAUCAAAAACAUGCAAAACACAUGAGAAAAAAAGGGUAAAUACUACUUGAAUUGGGGAUUAAAAAACCCAGAUGUUUGGUUUUUUUCCGCGUUCUCUCUCCCUGUUUCUUAAAGGAACGUGUACUUUACUGCUUGGGCAAUCCUGUGUAUUGCUGCCACCGUUGUAUCUAGCGAUGGAUCUGUCUUAUCUUUUUAUUCUAUCAGGUCAAGAGCUGAACUGUCGUGGUUUUAUUUGAGUAAUGUUGGCUUGUAAUACGUGGAUUCAUGGAUGCGUCUGAAUGGAGCAUGUAUCAAAUCAUGUAUCAAAUCCUGUUAAGCUUCUUCUACCGAUGCACUUCAUUUGUCAUCAUGUUUAAAAAUGAGCUCACCUGCCGAUGAGAGAACUAAAUUAAAAGUGAUUUACUGUUUUAAA